AUGAAGCGCAGCCUGAGAAAGAUGCUGCAUGCUGGGGAGAAGAAGCCGCCGCCGGUUGUUGACUACCAUGGCGUGGAGAACGGCGUGGACGACUUCAAAAACUUUGAGGUGGUGUUUGGAGGAGAUGCUGGUGGAUUCCAAAAGUUUAUUAAGAACCGAAGAAAAUUAAGCAAACAGGAUGAGAAUGACUCCCCCCUGCACCAUGCAGCAGCAGAAGGGCAAGUGGAGCUGAUGGAGAUGAUCAUCACCGAUUCCUCUUUUGAAGUGGUGAAUAUGAUGGAUGAUUAUGGGAACACGCCUCUGCAUUGGGCCACAGAAAAAAACAAAGUUGAAAGUAUUAAGUUUCUUCUCAGCAAAGGAGCAAACCCGAAUCUCCAAAACAACAACAUGAUGGCGCCUCUUCACAUAGCCGUGCAGAACAUGUACAACGAGGUGGUGAAGAUUUUGACUGACUACAGUGGAACAGAUAUUGAUUUGGAAGGAGAAAAUGGAAACACAGCUGUGAUAACUGCAUGCUCUAAAGAUAACAGUGAAGCAUUGGAAAUCCUGUUAAAAAAGGGUGCAAGGAUAUGCAAAGCAAACAAAUGGAAAUGUUUCCCUGUUCACCAUGCUGCAUUUUCAGGUGCUAAAAAAUGCUUGGAAUUAUUGCUGGAGUAUGGUGAAAAACUUGGAUAUCGCAAAGAGUAUCAGAUAAACUUUGUGGACACUCGAAAUGCCAGCCCGCUCCAUUUUGCAGUUCAGAGUGGUGAUUUGGAGAUGAUUAAAUUGUGCCUGGACAAUGGUGCACGCAUAGACCAGAAAGAGAAUGCAAAGUGCACAGCCCUUCAUUUCGCUGCCAGCCAAGGAGCCACUGAGAUUGUUAAACUGAUGAUAUCAUCCUAUUCCGGUACCAGUGACAUUGUUAAUGCAGUCGAUGGCAAUCAUGAGACCCUGCUUCACAGAGCUUCAUUAUUUGAUCACUACGAACUGGCAGAAUACUUAGUAUCAGUGGGAGCUGAUAUUAAUAUCACUGAUGCUGAAGGACGCUCUCCACUUAUGUCAGCAACUGCUUCUGCAUCUUGGAAUGUUGUAAACUUACUGCUUUCUAAAGGUGCUCAUGUACACAUAAAAGAUCAUCAUGGGCGUAACUUUUUACAUUUGACUGUGCAGCAACCUUAUGGAUUAAAAAAUUUGCAACCUGAAUUUAUGCAGAUGCAACAUAUUAAAGAGCUGGUGAUGGAUGAAGACAAUGAUGGAUGUACUCCUCUACAUUAUGCCUGUAGACAGGGAGUCCCUGUCUCUGUAAAUAACCUACUGGGCUUCAAUGUGUCGAUUCAUUCCAAGAGCAAAGAUAAGAAGUCACCCCUGCACUUUGCAGCCAGUUAUGGACGCAUCAAUACCUGUCAGAGACUCCUCCAAGGCAUCAGUGAUACACGGCUUUUGAACGAAGGUGAUCUUAAUGGGAUGACUCCUCUACAUCUGGCAGCGAAAAAUGGACACGAUAAAGUGGUUCAGCUUCUCUUGAAAAAAGGCGCAUUAUUUAUCAAUGACCACAACGGCUGGACUGCUUUGCAUCAUGCUUCCUUGGGUGGAUACACUCAGACCAUGAAGGUCAUUCUUGACACUAACUUGAAGUGUACAGAUCGGCUAGAUGAAGAAGGGAACACAGCUCUUCACUUUGCUGCAAGGGAAGGCCAUGCCAAAGCUGUGGCACUUCUUCUGAAGUAUGAUGCCAGCAUAGUUCUGAACAAACAGCAGGCCUCCUUUCUGCACGUGGCUCUUCACAAUAAGAGGAAGGAGGUGGUUCUCACGACCAUCAGAAACAAAAGAUGGGAUGAAUGUUUAAAGGUAUUUAGUCAUUAUUCUCCAACCAAUAGAUGUCCAAUCAUGGAAAUGGUAGAAUAUCUUCCUGAAUGCAUGAAAGUUCUUUUAGAUUUCUGCAUUAUACCUUCCACAGGGGACAAAUCCUGCCGAGAUUACCAUAUCGAAUAUAAUUUUAAAUAUCUUCACUGCCCAUUAGCAUUAACCAAGCAAAAGGCACCUGUGCAGGAUGUUACAUAUGAGCCUCUUCCAAUCCUCAAUGUAAUGGUACAGCAUAACCGUAUAGAACUUCUCAAUCAUCCUGUGUGUAAAGAAUAUUUGCUUAUGAAAUGGUGUGCUUAUGGAUUUAGAGCCCAUAUGAUGAAUCUAGGAUCUUACUGCCUCGGUCUUAUACCCAUGACUAUGCUUGUUGUCAACAUACAGCCAGGAAUGGCUUUCAACUCAACUGGAAUCAUUAACGAAACUAGUGAUCAUUCAGAAAUACUAGAUACCACGAACUCAUAUCCAAUAAAAGUUUGUAUGAUUUUAGUUUUUUUAACAAGUAUAUUUGGAUACUGCAAAGAAGUGGCCCAAAUUUUCCAACAGAAAAAGAACUACUUUAUGGAUUAUGGUAAUGCACUUGAGUGGAUUAUCUACACGACCAGCAUGAUUUUUGUGUUGCCCUUGUUCGUUAGCAUCCCAGCCUAUGCUCAGUGGCAGUGUGGAGCAAUUGCAAUAUUCUUAUAUUGGAUGAACUUCUUAAUGUAUCUUCAAAGAUUUGAGUAUUGUGGAAUUUUCAUUGUGAUGUUAGAGGUGAUUCUGAAGACUUUGCUGAGGUCUACAGUGGUCUUGCUUUUCCUCCUUUUGGCUUUUGGACUCAGCUUUUACGUGCUCCUGAGUACACAGGAUGCCUUCAAAACGCCAUUGCUUUCUAUAAUCCAGACCUUCAGCAUGACGUUAGGAGAUAUCAAUUAUCGAGAUGCCUUCCUUGAGCCCUAUUUGAGAAGUGAAUUGACAUAUCCAGCUCUGUCCUUUGCAGAACUUAUUGCCUUCACAAUGUUAGUCCCAAUUGUCCUCAUGAAUUUACUUAUUGGUUUGGCAGUUGGUGACAUUGCAGAGGUCCAAAAACAUGCAUCACUGAAGAGAAUUGCUAUGCAGGUGGAACUUCACACCAGCUUAGAGAAAAAGCUACCAGUCUGGUUCCUACACAAAGUGGAUCAAGAAUCCACCGUCGUGUAUCCCAACAGACCCAGAUAUGAGGGCAUGUUUGCAUGUAUACUUCAAUAUAUUUUUUGCAUUAAAGAAACCAGACAAGAAGUGCCAAAUACUGAUAAAUGUUUAGAAAUAGAAAUACUGAAGCAGAAAUACCGGCUAAAGGAUCUAACCUCUCUCUUGGAAAAACAGCACGAGCUCAUUAAGCUCAUCAUCCAGAAGAUGGAAAUCAUCUCUGAGACAGAGGAUGAAGAUAACCAUUGCUCUUUUCAAGACAAAUUCAAAAGAGAGCAGUUGGAGCAAAUGAAUAGCAAAUGGAAUUCUGUGUUGAGAGCAGUAAAGACAAAAAUGCACAACCCUUAG